AUGUCUAAAUUACAGUCUUUGAAUGCGUUUCUUUCUGAGCGUUUAACGGCGGUGACCGUGGAGAUUUUUCGGGCAGUUGAGAAAGUGCUAGAUGAGUACCAGGAGGAGAUCUCCCGAUCUAAAGAGGAGAAUGAUCGGCUACGGAGACUGCUAUGGAUCACACCGGAGUUAAAACGAAGUACAAUAGGUUCGUAGCUAUGUAGAUAUUAUCUACUCAAUUAAUUCACUGUUUAGGGCGGGCUAACAUCGAUUCACUUUUCAGCAACUUUUAAGUUAUCUUUCACCAUGCAUGAUUAAAUAGCUAGCUAGUUGUAUAGCGAAAACCUUGUAGCUACUUAGACAUGUCUAAAGGCUUUAGCUAGCUAGAACUCAGCUUAUCUCUUCUUCCCUCCAGACUCCCAGCAGCUCUCUCUCCCCGUCUCUGAAUAGGAGGUUCCCCCUGAGCAGCAGCAGCACUGUGAGUAAGAGUGGUGCUCCAGUAUGGGGCAGGACCCAGAGCCCACACAGAUUAAAGAGGAACAGGAGGAACUCAUGACUAGCCCUGAGGAAGUGCAGCUUCAAGGGCAAGAAGAGUUCAUGUGCAUUUCUCGCUGUGUGAAAAGUGAAUGGGAUCAGGAGGAUCCACUUCAGUCCUCAUCUCUUCCCAAAACCCAGACUGUGGAGAACAGAGAGAGUCUAAACUAGUGGAUCUAAAAUAUUUUGGCGCUGUCACCCACCUAAAGUGUUUCGACAUUCCCUGUGACCCUCCAGAUAAUCUAAACAAUUCCUCCAGUUGCAGCUCAGACAUAAGCAGCGACUCAGUAGGACUUUACAGCAGUGCACCAUUGGAUCCCGAUCCACCAGUGGGAGAACACUGUUCAGAAUGUAGCACCACGUCUAAAAAAUCUCACUGCUGCUGUGACUGUGGCGAAGCAUUUGCUCUGAAAGCUGGCCUACAGAGACAUGUCACUCUUGCAAGGGAGAAACCCAGCGAAUGCCCCUUCUGCAAAAACUGCUACAAUUCCACCUGUCAACUGAAGGCCCAUGUCCCACACUGUCAGCCUGCAAAAACCCGCCCUGCUGCAGCUCUUCAGUACAACCAAGAAGAGUAUGUACAUCAACUACCUCCGAACACAGCAGGGCCAGCCAAAACUAAACGCCGGGCACUGGUUGGACCACCUCUGAUCAUGCCAAAGAUACCUGCACAGAGGCAGCUAUUCACCAAAGCACCAGCUGUCUGUGGCACCAGUGGUGGUCUGGUUGUUCAAGUCCCAUCUGUCUCUUGACAGUGCUUCAUGCAAUUUGUUCCCCAGGUGACGUUCCAGACAACACUCACUGUUACCACAACAGCUUCAUCCGUGACCAUACCCACCCACAGAAAGCACUGUGUCUACAAAAGGAAAGUCAGUAGCAACACAUGCCAAAAAUGUGGGCAGUUCAGAACCAAGCAGACUGGGCACGGCCAAUGUAAAGGGACUGUUUACUGCCCACAAGCAGAGACUCUCUCCAAAGAGGAGUGGUUGGAGACAAUGCGCAGGCAGCAGCAGUGAGAAACUCACUAUUUAUGCCACAUAAUUUCAUGGUUUUCUCAUAACAUUAGCACAUAUGUUUGAACUUUUUUACCUAUUGCAUUGUCCAUGUGUCUCUUUUUAUUGUAGUGCAUUGCUGUGUUUUGGCAACUUGGCCAGGCAGUUAUUGCAAAUGAGAACUGGGUCCAGGAGAGAAAUCAUUAAGCUGUGGUGACUGCAGAUAAAGCUUAAAUCGGAAGGGGAACCUAACCCAACAUAUACGGAUUCACACAAUAUUUUUUUUUUUGCUGUGGUGACUGCAGAAAAGCUUCAAUCACAAGGGGCCCCUGACGAUACUGACUCGCACAACAUUAGCCAAUGAACGAUUCCUGGUCAAAUGUUUUGGAAUGUCUCUCAGGGUGAUGAGAAAAUGGUCAGACUGAUGUUAUUGAUAACAUUAAAGAAUAUUAUAUACAUUCCAGAAGAGGUCUGCUUGUAUUUGUUUAAGAGUAUUUCUCUUCCAUUUUCACCUAAUGCUCAUUCAUGAUAUACAAUAGACUUCUGUAAAGUGCAAACUAUUUUUCUAUGCAUGUGCACUGCAGUUGUUCAGUCCCAAUUCGAUUAUAUUCAUUUUAAUUGCUUCUGAUAAACAUCCAUCCAAGUUAAUGCAAAAAAAAUAUCAUACUUUAUUUGUUUGAUUUAUUUGACAUUUGAUUUAUUUAACCAUUUAAAAACAAUACAACCACAUGUGGAUACAAUGCAUUUAAAAAAAUUGAGGAAGACAACUUUUAAAAACAUAUUUAACAUUUUAAAAAUAUAUUUCAAUUUUGGCCCUCUUGAUGAAAACAAAAUAUAUACACAAGAUUGUAUCAUGAAAACAAAAUACAUAAUCUCAUCAAUAGGGAGGUAACAUAACUUUUUCUUACCCUGUUCUCUCUUAUUAAAACAAUUAUCACCCUGUUACAACAUUACUUUUUGCCCUCUAUGUGGUUAUCUGUAGUAAAACCCGAUCCACCAGGGGGCGACAACUUUUGUUUCUGGGUUCGCCAUACCCAGUCAUAAGAAUAUAAGAUGAAGACAACACGGAUGUAGAACGGGGAGAGCGAGUUUGGUUUUUUUUUAACAUUCCUUCUUCGUGGACGAUUUCUAGACUAAUUAGGUGAAUAAAACCAGAGAGGAAGAGGGUCUUUUGACAAUAAUAAUAUGACUACUAUAAGUCUACUAAAAAUGUCUAAAUUACAGUAUUUGAAUUCGUUUCUUUCUGAGUGUUUAACGGCGGCGGCAGUGGAGAUUUUGGGGGCAAUUGAGAAAGUAGUAGCUGAGUACCAGGAGGAGAUCUCCCGAUCUAAAGAGGAGAUUGAUCAUCUACGGAGACAGUUGAGGAUUACACCGGAGAUAGAACAACGUAGAACAGGUUUGUGUGUAGAUCUCAUCUACUCAAUUAAUAUACUGUUUAGGCUGUAACAGUGAUUAACAUUUCAACGUUUUAGUUUAACUUUCACCAUGCAUGAUUAUUUUGUCGAUGUCGCGAAAAUCUUGUGUACUCGGGCAUGUCUGCGCCUGUCUUUUCUUCCCUCCAGACUCCCAGCAGCUCUCUCUCCCUGUCUCUGAAGAGGUUCCCCUUGAGCAACAACACUGUGAACAGGAGUGGUGCCCCAGUCGGGGACAGGAGGAACCAGCGCCCUCACAGAUUAAAGAGGAACAGGAGGAACUGAGGACCAGCCAGGAGGAAAAGCAGUUUCAAGGGUUGGAGGGUAAUACCAUAGAGUUUAUAUUUAGUGGUCCCUGUGUGAAAAGUGAGGCCUUCGGCCACAGCUCAGCUGUAAUUAGUGACCAAGUAAACAGGCCACCAUUGGAUCCCAAACCACCAUUGGGGGCACACUGUUCUAAACUCAGCACCAUGUCUAAAAAAUCUCACUACUGCUGUGACUGCGGCAAAGUAUUUGCUCUGAAAGCUGACCUUCAGAGGCAUGUGACUCUUGCCAGGGAGAGACCCAUUGAAUGCCCCUACAACUCCACAGGUAAACUGAAGGCCAAUGUCCCACUCUGUCACAGUGGGAAACCCUGCCCUGUUUGUGGCAAGACCUUUAAAAACAAAGAACAUCUAUCCCAGCACAUGAGGAUUCAUACACGGGAGAGGCCAUUUAGCUGUGGUGACUGCGGAAAAAGCUUCUAUAGCAAGGGGCUGCUGAACGUGCAUAUACAGACUCAUAAAGGAGAGAAACCAUUUAUCUGUGGAUACUGCGGGAAAAGCUUCUAUCAGAAGGGGAACCUAAACCAACAUUUACGGACUCACACAGGAGAGAAACCAUUUAGCUGUGGUAACUGCGGAAAAAACUUCAGUCGAAAAACACACCUGAACAGGCAUAUGCUGACUCACACAGGUGAGAAACAGCAUGGCUGUUCUGUGUGUGGUAGAAGAUUCGCUGAAAAUUCUGACCUGCUGAAGCAUGUGGAUAAAGUCCACAAAUAA